CAUGUCGCUCGACAACCGAAAUACGUCCGCACAGUUUAAGCGUGCGGAACAGCUGAAACGAUGGGAAGAGUCGGAAAUGAACAAAAAGCUAAGCGGCGUACCGAAGAGCCCAUCGUCGCGGAGGAUUAAAUUUUCGUCCGGCUGCAUCUUUCUGGCGGCUUGUGUCGCCGGCGAUAAGGAGGAGGUCGAGUGGCUACUCAAGAAUGGAGCGGACAUCGAUACGGCCAAUGUGGAUGGGCUGACCGCAUUACAUCAGGCCUGCAUUGAUGACAAUUUGGAUAUGGUGGAGUUUCUCGUACAGAAAGGUGCGGACGUCAAUCGAAAGGAUAACGAAGGCUGGACACCAUUGCACGCCACAGCAUCAUGCGGAUUUCUCAGUAUAGCACGCUAUCUGAUAGAAAAUGGCGCCGAUUUAGCGUCGAUCAACAGCGAUGGCGAGCUGGCCGUCGAUUUGGCUAGCUCGGACGCGAUGGAAGACCUCAUUCAGCAUCACCUCGACGAGCAGGGUAUCGACUGUGAUGAGGCACGCCAAGCGGAGGAGCGUAUCAUGCUGAGUGAUGCAACCAAGUGGCUCCGCACGGACAGUUCCGACUGUGAUAAGGCACACCCGAAGACGGGUGCCACCGCGAUCCAUGUCGCCGCCGCAAAAGGCUACAUCGGUGUGCUGAAGCUACUGCUCGAAGGUCGGGGUGAUAUCGAUCGGCAGGAUGUGGACGGUUGGACACCGUUGCAUGCGGCCGCCUAUUGGGGCCAGAAGGAAGCCACACAGAUGCUGCUGAACGCUAGUGCGGACAUCGACAUCCAGAACUACAGUGGCCAGCUGGCGAUCGACAUUGCCCAGGAAGAUAUCGUGCCUUUGCUGAAGGAUGCGCGCAAGAACGUGAAGCGCACGAAACGCAGACCACCUAGUCACGGAAAUAGGAUUACGGAUAAUUUCGAAAACAGUACGGAAACACCGACCAAGGUGAUUCGGGUCGAGAUGAAGCCAAUCGACAGCAACAAGGAGAAAGAAGCUGGACCCGUCGCCGUCGCACACGACGACGACGAUGAAGAUGUUUACCAAGCACCAUCCGAUGUCCAAGAAGAACCAGACGAAGAAGAAGAAUCAAAUGAAAAAGAUGAAGAGGAAGAAGAGGAGACGGUGGAUGAUACGGUAGACGAAGAGCUGGAGGAGGAUGAGGAAGAGGAGGAGGAGGAGGUGGAUGAGGAAGAGGAAGAGGAAGCGGAUGAGGAUGACGAAAGGGAGGAACAGGAACAAGUGGUGACCAUUGAGAAAAAGCAAAGUCCUGCCGAGGACGUACCCGACGCGAUCGGAACCUUCUCGUAUGAACGAGUUACCGCACAAAGCGUUCAGUUACAAGAAGCGUCCCAACCUAAUCAAACGGAAGAAGCUGAAAGCGAGGAAGACGAAGAAGAAGAAGAAAAUGGUAGCGUUUCUUCGGAACCGUACUCCUCCUCCAAUCCGUCGGCCGAUAGUAGCGUAACCGAAUCCGAAACAGAUGAAUUGUUACCACGCCCUGUACCAAUAAUCUCGCGACCGGCACCGGUUCCACUGACCACACAAAUCGUAGCACCGAAGCCACGUGUUACCGAAACGGUAGAUUCGUCCAGUGCAACGACAACAGCAGCACCUGCUACCAAUCCUCUUCCGCCGACGGCACCGUGGCGCCGUCAGCGUGCCAUACCAACGCCCGUUCCGCGACAGUUCUACGAGGAUCAACGACAACCAGCACAGCAACCCUCAGCAGUAUCGCGUGCGACGGACGACGUCGACUACGCUAACCUCUAUUUCACGUCCAAGCGCAACCAAGUUUCCGAAAAGGAGAAUAAACCAACCGAACCGGAUGUGAUACUAAGGAGAACCCAGAGCUUCGAGAGUGAUGAAAAGUUCUACCAGAGGUAUGCAGAGCUGCGAGCACGAAUACAGGCCAACUCAUGCCCUCACACUAUCCUACCAUCGACGCCUAUUAACACUAAAACCAGUACUGCCUCGAACAACAACAACAACAACAGCAGCAACACAAAUAACAAUAAUAACAACAACACUACCACUACUGCGGCGUCGACGCCGGCAUCGACCAUUUCGUCAUACCUGGUGCAGCGGUCCGCUUCACUGAAGGAUCAUCGGACAUUAAGGAAAACGGCCAGCAAUUUGGUCCUGGGAAGCACAACAACAACAUCACCAUCGUCAGCGACAGCUACUGCUACUGGACCUGCUUCCGGUGUACCCACCAACACCAGCAUUGUGCCUCCAGCGACCGGUACAGCCACUGCAGUAAGUCAGGCCACCGGUAACACGACGGUAACCACUGGUGCCGUAUCACCACCGACCAGUCCUUCCGGAACACCGACAACGACACCCACUGCCGGACAGAUCAGGAGUUCCAUACCCACACCAAUCACCAACAACAACAAGAAUAUCAUGAUCAACAGCAACACAGAUAAUAGUAGUAGCACGCCAUUCGGUGAUCGCUACCGGAAGCGGUACGAGGAUCAACUGGAAGUGGCACGCAAAUUGCCGCAAACGAACAACAACAGCACUAUCGUCGAUCAUACUAUGUCCACAUCUGUCGCUGGAGCUGGAGCGAAUCGUUCCGAUAACACGCCACAAGAUGGUACCAUCCUCACACCGGGUAGCGGUAACAACGCUACCAGCACUACUACUACUGGUAUCGGCACCGAUACCAACAAGAAUCAUAGUCUGUUCGAACUCAAUCGCAAAUACAUUGAGCAGGCCCAGAAGACGAAGAUCAAUAAUGAGCGCAAUAAAUUUCUCUCCUCACUCAACGAGAAGAGACAGCAGCAGCUGCAGGAACAGCAGCAGGGCCAGUCAGCCGAUAGAAGAUUGGCCGGAAAGAAGCAACCGGAAGCGGCACAAGCACAAACGGCGAUCGAGGAACCGACGGAAGUGAAGCUGAUAAUUUCAUCGUCCACUGCAGCAGCACCAUUAUUACCGGCCGUGGUGGAAGCUAACAGUACAACGGCGAUCACACCGGUGACCACCAGCCCAUCAUCGAACAAACUGUCGCCGGGAAAUAUUUUCAAAAACUUUUUCAAAUCAUUUGUACCACCGACGCGGGAUGAAGAAAGCGAAACACAACGAAAGGCCCAUGCCAAACGCGUCCGAGAGACGCGUCGCUCGACCCAGGGCGUCACGCUGGACGAGAUCAAGAGCGCUGAACAGUUGGUCAAGAAGAAGAACGCUUCCGGAGCCGGCAACGAACACGACACCAUGGCAUCCGCAAUUGGGACGUCAGCAAGUACAACAACGACCACGUCAUCAUCACCAUCCUCAUUAUCAUCCUCUGCAUCACCUUCAUUAACCACCACCAACAACAACACCAGCACCACAACGAUAUCUGGCACCAUCAAUGACCGUGUGCCAUCGGUUGGAGGAGAUAUCACCGACCAGCAGCAACAAGUUGGAGGCAAUCAUGUUGCGGAAGGAUCCGACAAGGAUUCUAGCAGGGAAGUCGCUGUGUCUGCCAGUUUUACGAUAGCCGCCCCAGGCUCGUCGUCCCUCGAUGAUGGUGGCGAUGGAGGUGGAGGAGGUAUCCGAAGACAUCGCCGCAAUGUCGGAGGUGGUAAUGACGAGGAGGAGGAUGACAGUAAGGUGACGGUGUCGUAUACGAUAAGUGCUCCGGUACGGCAGAGUUCACCCAGUCCGCGCGUGAACAACUCCAAAGAAAGCACCAUCACCGGUCCGGCGGCUACCGGGAGCGAUACUGCUGGUGGUGGCGCAGAUGUUCCUGUCGUAUCGGCGACGUUCCACGUGCCGGCGGCUUCCGAUGCGGGAGCUGUAGCGACCACUGCCACCAUCAUCCGAACGUCCGGAACAGCGGGUGGUGUCGUGAGUAGUAGCGAUAGUAAUACCACCAACUCCACCACCAUCACAAACACCACCACCACCAGUGCAUCCUCUAAUACCAACCACAACACCGCCGCAACCUACACUAAACGUUCACUGUUCGAUAUCGAUAACGCCAACUCACUAACAUUGGCCGAAAAGUUGCGCCACGAGGCGAACAAGUAUGCCAUCACGUCGGUAGCGGAUGGCGAACUCGACAGCCAUCCGGCCGUCUCCCGGGUGCCAAAUAGCAAUAGCACUACUAAUAGUGGCGGAAACAGUAACAGCAGCAGUACGAACGCACCUGCGGACAAUAGUGCUGUGAGUGCUGCUGCUGCUGUUCCUCCGUCUCCGACGCUCCGGAAGGUGGCCGAUUCGGGGGCGGCGUCGACGACGGGUGUAACAGCCGAACGAAGGCCCUCGUGGCGGUUGAAAGUGGACGGUGGCAGCAAGUUCAAAUUGGAAGAUGCGUCCACACCGAAUGCCGCCACACAGUCAUCGUCGGUAGCGAGCGGUUCGGUGUAUGAAUCCGUUCCCGCUACGCAGGCAACAGAGCACGGUUUGACUACUACUAAGCUCACCUCCUCGUCGGCCCUGGCCCAACGAAGGGCGCAGCAACAAAAUGGUGACAGUACUACCACCAUGACGACAGGUUCCAGUGUUGCCGGUUCCGCCAUCGGUUCGCGACCACUAUCGGCAUCGGGUCUUGCCGCUGGUGAACAGUAUAACCGCGUGCCUGGAAGUGUCGGCUCGACCGGCGAACUGCCAACCGCAGCAGCCAACAGUGGCACUGACACUAGUCCGCUACACCAUCUCCGACGACCACCAAAGUCGACGGCCCCCGGUGAAGAGAACAAGGAGAAUGACAAAGAAAACGAUAGCCGCACUAGCACGACGGCACAAGCUACGCAGGCCGUUAUCCAGCGGCGCCGGCGACAGAAGCGUCGUUCGACCGGUGUCGUUUCCGUUGGCAUAGAGGAUCUUGAUCCCGACAGACAAGAUUCUCCGGUCGACGGUGAUGAUAAAGAGACUGGCUCGGAACGUGGUCGAUCUCGCGUUGGUUCGACGGCGUCCGAGUUGGACACGGCAAACCAGCCGCAGGAUUCCACACGGGAAAAUGGUGGCGACUGUAUCGACUACAAAGCUCUCUAUGAACAGGAAAAGGCCGAUAAUGAUAAGCUUAAGAUGGCUCUACGAAAGAAGGAUGAAGAGGUGGUAACGCUUAAGGCGGCACUUGAUCGAUUUACUACAGCGACCACCAAAAACAACUCACUGUCGGAGUUGGAGAAGCGCGAACGGCGCGCCAUGGAGCGAAAGAUGUCCGAGAUGGAGGAGGAGUUGAAGCUGCUACAAAAGUAUAAAACCGAAAACGAACGGCUGCGGGCUGAAAACCGUGCCCUGACGCGCGUCGUAUCGAAGCUGACCACCUCGGCACAGAACCAAGUGCAUGCCACGGCCACCGCUGCCAACAAGCAAUAA